GGUGCAGAGGCAGAAAUCCCACUUGUUGAACAGUUUACAGGUGUGGGCAUCAAGGUGUCCUUCACUGGCAACAAGGCUGAGAUGAGAGACAUGCAGCAGCUUUCUGGGGGUCAGAAGUCUUUGGUGGCCUUGACUCUGAUUUUUGCUAUCCAGAAAUGUGACCCUGCCCCCUUCUACCUGUUUGAUGAGAUAGACCAAGCUUUGGAUUCCUCACACAGGAAGGCAGUGGCAGACAUGAUCCACGAGCUAGCCCAGGAAGCUCAGUUUAUCACCACAACCUUCAGGCCAGAGUUGCUGGAACAUGCAGACAAGUUUUAUGGAGUCAAGUUUAGGAAUAAG